GCGCUGUCAGGCGGUGCCGCGGCCCCCGCCCCUCACUCCGCCUCUCGCUCCCUCGGCCAUUCCCACCCCGCCGCCUCCCGACGCGCUCCCGGCGCCCGCUGGAGCGGCCCUGGGAGCCGCCGAGGGGCUGCUCGAGCUCAAUGACAUCCAGAAAGAAGUUGCAGGGUCUCGUAGCUGCUACAAUUACUCCCAUGACUCCUGAUGGACAAAUUAACCUUCCGGUGAUUCGUCAGUACGUGGAUUAUCUGGUAAACGAGCAGACUGUGAAGAAUGUUUUUGUGAAUGGCACGACAGGAGAAGGCCUGUCCCUCAGCAUCCAGGAGAGGAAGCAGCUGGCAGAAGAAUGGGUGUGCCAAGGAAAAGACAAAUUGGAUCACGUGAUCAUUCAUGUGGGAGCACUGAGCCUGCCGGAGUCCCAAGAGCUGGCAAGACACGCAGCAGCCAUAGGUGCUGGUGGCAUUGCUGUCAUAGCGCCCUUCUUCUUCAAACCCACAAACAAAGAUGAGCUGGUCUCUCUCUUGCAGAAGGUCACGUCUGAGGCCCCUGAUGUUCCAUUUUAUUACUAUCAUAUUCCUCCUCUGACGGGUGUGAAGAUUCGUGUGGAAGAGUUGCUGGAGGGAAUAAAAGAACGGAUCCCCACCUUCCAGGGUGUGAAGUUCAGCGACACGGACCUCCUGGACCUUGCACAGUGUAUACACAAGAAUGAAGCACAGCAGCUUGAAUUUCUUUAUGGGGUGGAUGAGCAACUGUUGGGUGCACUGGCAGUAGGGGCAAAUGGAGCAGUUGGCAGCACAUAUAACUAUUUGGGCCGACAAACCAAUCUGAUGUUGGAAGCCUUUGCAAAGCCAGACCUUGCCUUGGCACGGAAGUAUCAGUUUCUCACUGGGGAGUUUCUCAACUUUGUCAUCAAACUGGGUUUUGGUGUUGCACAGACUAAAGCUGUGAUGACUUUUGUUUCUGGCAUUCCCAUGGGACCUCCACGGCUUCCACUCCUUGGUGCCUCUGAGGAGUUCAUUGCCAAGGCCAAAGCCAAGCUGGACAGCAUUGUGUGGCCUGAUGGUGACUGAGCACACAGAAUCUGGGAAUCACUGAGGUUGGAAAACCUCUAAAAUCGAGUCCAACCAUUAACCUGACACUCCUGGGUCCAACCCUGAGCCACAUCCCCAAGUGCCACAUCUACGAUGCUGUUCACUUCCACUCGGAUCUGGAGGUUCCUUUGCUGGGAUUCUCUGCCACGUGGCACAUUCCCCACAUGCUGGGCUGGGAUUUCUUUCAGGGAAUUGGCAAAGUGCCCAAGUGCUUUCCUGCUGGGGCUGGCUUUGCUGGGGCACACGUGGCCCAACACUUUACACUGCUUCUCUGGAGCUCUGCACAUUCCAGGUCUAGGUGGUACCUUUUAAUAAAAAAAAUAGCAAAUUUUCCCCAGUUGGAGGGGCUGACUCCUUUUGCCUAGAAAGGAGGAAGAUCUGGCUCCACCCUCCCUCCAGCUGGAUGAUGUUUUGUCUUCUCCAUGAGCACUACACUGUGUUUAAACAACAGUAUGGCACCAUCAGAUUGCUCAGACUGGUAUCUGUUUGUCAGAGUUACUGGGAUACUGUCUGUGCAUGUAAAAUCCUGCUUUUGUCUGAUCUCUUUGUGUUCAUACACCUUAAUGCAAAAUUAAAAAAAAAAAACCCUUUUGCAAUAGCAAGCUUUGGCUUUCUAAUAA